CUGAGCGAAAGCACAGCAGAGCCACUCACUUGCACAGACAGAUUGGCCUUAGCUCCCUUGUUUUCAGGACGCGUCUUGGUGCUCUGCCGAUCCAGAGUUCUGCAGAGAAAGACUCACACAGGAGUUGUCGUUUACAAACGACACCCCCACCACAACCCUGGGGACAUAAGAAGAAAAGAGUUUUUCACAAGCUCAAAGGGGCAGGAAUAACCAGAGGGAAGAAUUGUAAGGGGUGUGUAUGUCGUGGAAAACGAUCAGCUUAGCUUUCUUCAACAUCUGGGUGCACAUCUGUUCCAGCCUUCCGGCUGUUUUUCCUGCACGGUCUCUGAUUAUGGAACUCAACGGUACCUCCCCAGCCUGCAAUGGUUUGCAAGAUGACAGUGACCUCAAAUUCCUCCUGAGAGGGUGCCAUUUGCUGAAAAUCAAGUCUACGUCAUGGAGGAGGGAGAGGUUUUACAAGCUUCAGGAAGACUGCAAGACAAUAUGGCAGGAAUCCAAGAAAAUGUUGAGAUCCCCGGAAUCACAGCUCUUCUCCAUAGAGGAUAUUCAGGACGUGAGGGCGGGGCAUAAAACAGAAGGAAUGGAAAAAUAUGCCAAGGAUGUUCCUGAAAACCGCUGCUUUUCGAUCAUCUUCAAAGACCGGAGGAACAACCUGGACCUCAUCGCUAGCUCUGAAGCUGACGCCAGUCACUGGGUGGGAGGCCUGAAAAAGAUAAUCACAAAAAGUAACUCCAUGAGCCAGAGACAGAGAUUACAACACUGGAUUCACGCCUGCUUGCGGAAGGCGGACAAAAAUAAAGACAACAAGAUGAGUUUCAAAGAGCUCAAGGACUUCCUGAAGGAAAUCAACAUCCAGGUCGACGACAACUACGCCCGGCAAAUCUUUGAGCACUGUGACAAAUCGCAGACAGACACAUUGGAGGACGAGGAGAUAGAAGUCUUCUAUAAGCUGCUGACUGAGCGGAAAGAGAUUGACCGGAUUUUUAAUGAACAGACCAAUAACGACGGGAUCAUGUCUCUGGACAAUCUGGUCAGGUUCCUCCGAGAAGUACAGCGUGAGGAGGAGGCUGGUCCCGAGUUCGCACUUUCUCUGAUUGAGAGAUACGAGCCAAAUGAAACAGUCAAAGGAGAAAAGGCCAUGACCAAAGAUGGCUUCCAAAUGUAUUUGCUAUCGGCAGAAGGGAAUCUGUUUGACCAAACGCACAGCCGCGUGUACCAAGACAUGACGCAUCCGCUCAGUCACUACUACAUAUCGUCCUCACACAAUACCUACCUCAUGGAAGACCAACUGAGAGGGCCGAGCAGCACAGAAGCCUACAUAAGAGCCCUAACCAAGGGGUGCCGUUGUGUGGAGCUGGAUUGCUGGGACGGCCCCAAUUCAGAGCCCGUCAUUUACCACGGUUACACCCUCACUUCCAAGAUCCUUUUCUGUGAUGCCAUCAAAGCUAUCAAGAACUAUGCUUUCAAAACCUCUCCUUAUCCAGUCAUCAUCUCCCUGGAGAACCACUGCAGCCUGGAUCAGCAAAGGAUGAUGGCACACCACCUCAAGACCAUCUUGGGAGACAUGCUGUUGAUGGCCCCGGUUGAUUCAAACACAGACAACCUGCCAUCCCCGGAGGAACUAAAGGGCAAGAUUUUAGUAAAGGGGAAGAAACUCAGUCCCGAGACGGAAGAAGUCUCCGACGAGGAUGAAGCGGCUGAAAUGGAAGACGAAACGGUAAAAAGUGAGUUGGACAAGAAAAAGACGAGUGAGAAGCUGAAGCUCGCCCAGGAACUGUCUGAUACAGUCGUCUACUGCAAAAGCGUUCACUUUGAAGGUUUCAACAACACAGAAUCCCUCGCUUGGGAUGAGAUGUCAUCCUUCAGUGAAAGCAAAGCUCUUAAACUGGCUCAGGAAUCUGGAACGGACUUCAUCCAUCACAACAUCAGACAGCUAAGCAGGAUCUACCCGGCCGGAUGGAGGACGGACUCGUCUAACUAUAACCCAGUGGACAUGUGGAAUGUGGGUUGCCAGAUAGUUGCCUUGAAUUUUCAGUCGAAAGACGCAGAAAUGGAUGUCUAUCAGGGUCGAUUUCAAGACAAUGGUUUCUGUGGCUAUGUCUUAAAGCCACAGUUUCUUCUGGACCAGCAGUCGGAAUUUAAUCCCAGGUCGGUCACGGGAGGCCCGUGGUGGACCCCAAAGACAUUCCAAGUGAAGGUUAUCUCAGGUCAACAGCUGCCGAAAGUGAACAAAAGCAAAAACUCCAUUGUUGACCCAAGAGUGAUUGUGGAAAUCCAUGGUGCCGAGACAGACAAUGAUAAGAAACAAACCAGGGUCAUUGAUAACAAUGGUUUUAAGCCAUCCUGGGAUGAAGCAUUUGAAUUCAAGAUACACGUUCCUGAGCUGGCCCUGGUUCGCUUCAUGGUGGAAGACUAUGACGCGUCCACGAAAAACGAUUUUAUUGGACAGUUCACAGCCCCUUUCACGAGUCUGAAACAAGGAUAUCGUCACAUUCAUCUCCUGACGAAGAACGGAGACCCGUACCUAUCCGCCACUCUUUUCGUGCAUAUCAAUAUUCUAGACAGUGAUUAAAGAAAACCCUCCAGUCUCUUCUGACUGUUCAAGGAUUUUUUCUUCUCAUUCCAUGCUUGUGAGGAGAGAGCUGAAAUGUGAACAUUUUUUUUCAGUCUCUGUAGGAUCCCUAGAACAUCCCUGGGAAGCAGGGCAUGGAAGCCGAGCAAUAAAAAAAAUGUAGCCCUCUUGAAUGCUAUUUCAUGGCCAGCCUUUCUGCAUUUUGAUAGAAAAACAUCUCAGAAGAAAAAGA